GCUCCGGUAGCGGAGUAGGUGGUUUGACCUCGUCGCUUCCUCCUCCUCCCCCUUCCCACUACGCCCCUCCUCUCUCUCUCUCUCUCUCUCUCUCUCUCUCUCUCUCAACCCCCACCAAACCCUAAGCGAGAGAGAGAGAUUGAGAGAGAGAGAGAGAGAUAGAUCUCGAAGCUUCAUCGUCUCCACAGCGGCGGCGAUUGUGAGGAGGGGACUAUGCAAUCCGGAUCCAUGAAGCCCUCCCCGCUCGAUCUCCUCUCGGCGAUCCUCACGGGGAAGCCCCGCGGCGGCGGGGAUGGGGUGGCGAAUGCGUCGGCGGCGGCGAUCGUGGAGGAUAGGGAGCUACUCCUCGCAAUACUCGCCACCUCCGUCGCCGUGCUCGUCGGCUGCGCCGUGCUCUUCCUGUGGCGGCGCUCCGCGGCGAAGAGGCCGAGCAAGGCGGCGGAGCCGCCGCGGCCGCCGCCGGUGAGGACGGAGCCGGAGCCGGAGCCGGAGGCGGAUGAUGGGAGGAAGAAGGUCACCGUCUUCUUCGGCACUCAGACGGGCACCGCCGAGGGGUUCGCUAAGGCGCUUGCUGAGGAGGCUAAAGCGAGAUAUGAUAAAGCCACUUUUAAAGUAGUGGAUCUGGAUGAUUACGCUGCCGACGAUGAUGAGUAUGAAGAGAAGUUGAAGAAAGAGAGCUUUGUUCUAUUCUUCCUUGCUACGUAUGGGGAUGGUGAACCGACCGAUAAUGCUGCGAGGUUUUAUAAAUGGUUUACGGAGGGAAAAGAGAGGGGAGAGUGGUUAAAGGAUCUUCAGUUUGCGGUGUUUGGUCUUGGCAAUAAGCAAUAUGAGCAUUUCAAUAAGGUUGCUAAGGUGAUCGAUGAGCUCCUUGCUGAACAGGGCGGGAAAUGCAUUGUUCCUGUUGGUCUUGGAGAUGAUGAUCAAUGCAUUGAGGAUGACUUUACUGCAUGGAGAGAGCUUCUGUGGCCAGAGCUAGAUCAGUUACUACGGAAUGAAGAUGAUGUUGCUGGCGCAUCUACUCCUUAUACUGCUGCCAUUCCUGAGUAUAGGGUUGUACUUAUAAACACUGAAGAUUCUGCAUAUGUGGAGAAGAGUUGGAAUUUUACAAAUGGCCAUGCUUUCUAUGAUAUCCAACACCCCUGCAGGGCUAACGUGGCUGCGCGGCGUGAGCUUCAUACCCUGGCUUCUGACCGGUCUUGCAUUCAUUUAGAGUUUGACAUAUCUGGCAUUGGUCUGACAUACGAAACUGGAGACCAUGUUGGAGUGUAUACUGAAAACUGCCUUGAGACUGUAGAGGAGGCAGAAAGGCUGUUAGGUUAUUCACCAGAGACAUACUUCUCUAUUCACGCCGACAAAGAGGAUGGCACUCCCCUUAGCGGCGGUUCUUUGGCCCCUCCUUUCCCUCCUUGCACCUUAAGAACUGCACUUACCCGAUAUGCUGAUCUUUUGAAUUCACCUAAAAAGAGUGCUUUAGUUGCAUUGGCUGCACAUGCAUCUGAUCCCAAUGAAGCUGAGCGUUUAAGAUUUUUGGCUUCUCCUGCUGGAAAGGAUGAAUAUUCUCAAUGGGUAGUUGCAAGUCAGAGGAGCCUACAGGAGGUUAUGGCUGAAUUCCCUUCAUGCAAGCCUCCGCUGGGAGUUUUCUUUGCAGCUGUUGCUCCUCGCUUGCAGCCUAGAUACUACUCAAUAUCUUCUUCCCCAAAAAUCGCACCAACUAGAAUUCAUGUGACUUGUGCGUUAGUAUAUGGGCCAACACCGACAGGAAGGAUUCACAAGGGAGUCUGCUCUACCUGGAUGAAGCAUUCCCUUCCAUUGGAAGAGAGCCAGGAAUGUAGCUGGGCUCCUAUUUAUGUGAGACAGUCAAAUUUCAAACUGCCUCCUGAUACCUCAGUUCCGAUCAUAAUGAUUGGUCCUGGGACAGGUCUAGCACCUUUCCGGGGCUUCUUACAGGAAAGGCUGGCACUAAAGAAGUCUGGUGCUGAACUUGGACGGGCCAUUCUCUUCUUUGGAUGCAGAAACCGCAAGAUUGACUACAUUUACGAGGAAGAGCUGAAAAGUUUUCUUGAAGAAGGGGCAAUGUCAGAGCUGAUUGUUGCCUUCUCUCGCGACCGUCCAACCAAGGAAUAUGUGCAACAUAAAAUGUCAGAGAAGGCCUCUGACAUCUGGAACAUCAUUUCUCAAGGUGGUUAUAUCUAUGUGUGUGGUGAUGCCAAAGGCAUGGCUAGAGAUGUACACAGAGCUCUCCACACCAUUGUUCAAGAGCAGGGACAUCUGGAUAGCUCCAAGACCGAGAGUAUGGUGAAGAGUUUGCAGAUGGAAGGGAGAUAUCUGAGGGAUGUGUGGUGAAAUCCUUCCUUUUCCUAGUGGGUUUUCCGACCUAAAUUACGUGCCGACAAAGAGUUCGCCAGCGCCACCUGUUGAUAAAACUUUUCCAAGCACAGGAAUUCCGGAACCUUGUAUCAUGGGUUCCGGCGUGGGGUGCAUUAGAAAAGAUUGGGCCCCUUCUUUCUCUUCAGGGUUUGCGAGGACUCCGUUAUCGCCUAUCGUUUGAAUGAUGAUUCUUUCGACUCCCAACUGAUGAGGAGUUUCUGUGUAACAUAAUAGUGUAUGUCCUCCUCGAUAUUUAUUAUGGUGAUUCGGCUGUCGGAAACACUAGGCAAAAUAACUAGGUGAUACAUUGGGUAAGUCAAACUAAACGCUUAUAUAUUAGAUGCUAUAGCAGCGUAUGUACAAAUGGACUGGCUAUAAGCUUGUUUGAGCAUUGUGAGAAAUGAGUGGUGGAAUCGCACUUAAUUAUCGAUAAUCUUGUU